AUGUUUUCGAUGUACCAAGGCGGGACGCACGUGGAAGUGUUCGACGCCGGGACGACGAAAUUUUGCACAAAUAUCACAACAUCAACGACCAGCAGUCGCGGGUUGAACGCGUCAUCAGGAGCGUGUGGUGACGACGAUUCGUCAAAAAAGUCUUCAAAGUCACUUUUUGCUGCUUCAAACACCAACAACGCGCAGUCGGCGCUUCGCCAGGCGAGAAACCAGCGAGGCGUCCAGUGGCAAAUUUCAGACGCGAGGAAAACGGUCAACUCGAGGAAUAAGAAGUAUUACGAGUCUACCGCGAAAGGGUACGUGUUGCAGCUGGAAAACGCGUCCAUUGAAACCGUCGUUCAACAACACUCGAAUAAUACUACCUCUUCUUCGGCGAAAGCGCGACAACUCACGCAGCCGAUGGUGUGCGCGCAGAUUUACGUCGAGAAACCGGAGGAUAAGUUUACCAUCGAGUUUGUGUUUUCCGAAGUUGAAACGAGGAGAGACAGGCGGAGAGUGGUUCUCUCGACCGCGUUCUUAGAGACGAAAACGUCGCCUUUGCACUGUCAGGUGCCUAUCGUCGCGAAGAAGAGGAGAGUGACGAAGAGUGUUUCGGCGAAAAGCGCAGUAGUUCCAAACAAGAAGAAACACCAUCAACAACACGAAGAUGAGAACGAUCUCACGAGAACAUCGAGAGAUAGUACUCGACAGUUCACGUACGACUCGUGGGUAAACUUUAUCGUUCCUAUUCCGAAGCUUUUGAAAAAGUGCUUCGGCGACGCGGCUACGAAACAGAAAUACGCGAUUGAGAAAAUUCGCAUCUCCGGGACGUGUUUAAUCAAGCGCGUGUUGACGUUGCGAGGAGACCGAUUAUCAUCUGGUGGAUUCUUUGGUGAAGACGAUUACGUCCCAGCGAGCGUGGACUUCCCGAACGGAGUCGACCGAAAAUCUAUCCUGUUCUUGGGCGAAGAAGACGAAGAAGUUCGCGUUGAUUCGAGAUCGACGAAAACCGCCGCGGUGCGCGAAGAAGGUCGAUCCCCCGCGAGGAAGAAGCAGAAAGACAACGACAUCAUCGCACAUAUCGCUACACCUGCUCGACUUACGUAUCGCGAACGUCGCCAGCAGAAUCAUCGACAAAGUAACAUCAACGCGGCGAUCAAAUCUUCGCUUUCGACUGCCCUCAAAGCCAUCGAUACGAAUUACGAAAAAUUGACGAAAAUUUCGUCACGUUCGCCGUCACCUCCGUCACCUCCGUCGUCGUUUUCGUCGUUUUCAUCAUCCGCCAGAUCGUCUCGAGAUGACAAGAACGAGAAAAAGACGGUCCGAUUUGCACCAGAUACGCCGCCAAACGAGGUGGAAGAUGUCGAGGAAAAGAGUGAAGACGCGCGUUCGUCGCAUUCGGAUGGAUCGAUAAUAUCGAGAUCAUCGUCUUCUUCAUCUCGCUCGCAACCUAUGAUCGGCGGCGGCUGCGGCGACGAAGACGACGAAAACGACGACGAGAAUGGAAAAGAUUCUCCUGAAAAACUGAUCUCUUUUGUCGACGUUGUUCCGUUACCGAGAAAUGAUCUCUCGGUCCGAGUGCCCAACUCGAGGCGGUCAAACUUGUACCGCGACUCGGCUGAAUAUAAAUCGUCCUCAGAAAGCGACGACGACGACGACAACGACAAGGAAGACGACGAAGAAAAAGAGGACUUGGAUGAAAAUGGUAAAGACGAACAACUACCCCCUUCGAACUGGGACGCCGCGCUCGGUUUCAGCAGCGAUGAUGAUGAAGAAGAAGAAGAAGCGUAA